UUGCUCUGCUCUCAUUCAGUGCCUGCUCUGUGGGAGGGCCUGGUCCCUGUCUAAUAAACUGUAAUGCUGUGAGUAGCAAGAGAAGACUCCCAGCACGGGCCUGUGGUGAGGAUGCCAAACUGGGGUGGUGGAGCGAAGUGCGGGGCCUGUGAGAAGACUGUGUACCAUGCUGAGGAGAUCCAGUGCAAUGGCAGGAGCUUCCACAAAACCUGCUUCAUCUGCAUGACCUGCAGGAAGGGUCUGGACAGCACCACGGUGGCGGCACACGAGUCUGAGAUCUACUGCAAGAUGUGUUAUGGCAAAAAAUACGGUCCCAAAGGCUACGGGUACGGCCAGGGGGCGGGGGCGCUCAGCUCUGACCCCGCUGCAGAACACCAGGACUUCCAGCCACUAGAAUCAAAGCCUCAACGUCCAUCAACGAAUUCUAACCCUAGCAAGUUUGCUCAGAAAUUUGGUGGGUCGGACCGCUGCCCCCGGUGUUCAAAGGCGGUCUACGCAGCAGAGAAGGUCAUGGGGGCUGGAAAGCCCUGGCACAAGACAUGCUUCCGCUGUGCCCUUUGUGGAAAGAGCCUGGAGUCCACAACUGUGACAGACAAGGACGGGGAGAUCUACUGCAAAGUUUGUUAUGCCAAAAACUUCGGCCCAAAGGGAAUGGGGCUGGGAAAUCUUGGAAUAGUGGAAGAGAAAGAGAAUUAAACCAGAGGAAAUAUUUUUAUAUGCUUGCUGAAGAUCAACAUCCUGCAUUUGGAGAAGGCACUGUGCUUUCACUCAUUUUAACCUUAUAACCCAUUGAAUGUUCUGAUGUCUUACAUCAGCAAAGUUGUCAAGAAAAACAAGGUGAUAAAAUAGAGGAUACAGCACUUAUUUUAGAUCAAGGGG